UAUGUUCAUAAAAAAAUAUAUUUCCAUAUUAGUCUUUGAUAGUUUGCGUUGGAUUUACCUUAUGGUUGGCAUUUGGGUUAUUCAGGACAGUUUUAAUCUUUCCUCUGUUUGUCCUCUUAAGAGUCACUCAUGGGAUGGUAGCAACACGCCUGACUUUAGUGUGCUCAUCGUGGGAUCGAUUCCCACUCAGUGACUAUGUACCGUGUGACUAACGACCUGUUCAGGUCGGAGUCUGCCUUUCAAAGAAUAUUCGCUGGGAUUGGCUCCAGCCCUCCUUUGCCCCUUGUGAGGAUAAGUGGCUUAGAAAAUGGAUGUGUUCCAGCAGAUUAUAUUUCAUUGAGACAAGGAAAUUAAGCCUGGCUUUUUGUGACUUUUCUGUGUACAAAUGUCUAAUCUGGUCUGCUUUUAGUAUCCAAACACAUUUACAAUUAUCUUCUUGACUACAGUAUUUAACAAUUUUCUUUACUGUCCAAGUCAAGUGUAUUCAUUUAGUCAUUAACCCCCUAAAUGUUUUGGGGGGGGGGAUAAAUAACCGUUAAUACAUGUUAUUUGCUAAUUUAAAGGGGAAUUCCGGUGGUUUCCAUAAACAAUGUAUUCAAUAGGUAAUGUAAUAUGUACUCUAUCUUGACAAUGUGACGUUAAAUCCUCUCUCAUUUAAGUGUUUUCAGAUUGCCAACAAUUGCAAAUUUUCAGGGGCGCUGCCAUUUUGGCGAGUCACAUGACCUACAUGCGCGGAUAUGACUGGUUACGUGCAGUUCCAAACGCUUGAUUUCAGGGGACAUCAUUAUGAUUUCUCGGAUUGAUCCUCAUCUGCUGAAUAAAUGGCAGUAUCGGUUGAUUUGGGAAGACUUGAGGAAUAUUUCCCCAUACGGAUUUGAACUUGUGGCUUUAAAUAAUGCCGGGCUAAAUGUUGAAUCUUCGGGCGGAAUGACGCGGAGUCUGAGCUCGCUCGGCGGGGAGCGAGCUCACGGCUCCGCUGCUAAGUGGAGCUCGCUCCCCGCCGAGCGAGCUCCGCCGCUGGGCGGCAUUAUUUGCAGUCACUGGUUCUAAUCUGUAUGGAAGUAUUCCUCAGUCUUCCCGAUCAAUUGAUACUGCUAUUUCUUCAUCAGAUGAGGAUAAAUCAGUGAUGGGCAUAAUGUGGUUUCACGUAAUUGAGCGUUUGGAACGGUAUGUAACAUGUCACAUCAGUGUAACGUAGGUCACGUGGCUUGUGAAAAUGGCAACGCCCCUGCAAAUUUGUAAUUGUUUAAAAAAAUCUCAACACUAAAUAAGAGGAUUUAAGAUCACAUUGUCAAGAUGGAUUACAUAUUACAUGACCUAUUGGAUACAUUAAUGCAAACCUCUCGGAUUCACCUUUUUAAAUUUUCAUUAAACUUGUAGUUUUUCCUCUAUGGUUAAUUGUUCAAGAAAUAUUAAAAUCCGUUUUAUAAGACGUGCAAUAGCUAAUUGUGCGAAAAACGUCAAGCUGUGAAUAGUUUUGCACUGUAUAACGAACAAAACUCUGCCAGAAAAACUGUAGGUAGCCAGGUUGGUUAUUUUAUUGGUUUGGAUUUGUAUUUUAGGUUUUCAAAAUAUUAUGAUUGCCCUGUGUUUACACUGUUAGAAGUAACCAGAGGUUAACAUUUGUGUUAAAAAUAAAUUUCCUACCCAAAGUGGGCUACACCCCCCCCCCACCAGAGAGACAUUUUCAUUUUUUCCAAAUUGGUCAUUUUCAUCCCUGAAAAUAGACCUCACUGAUUGAAUGCCACGCGAUUUUAUUGAACAUCCUCCUUUCUACUAAUUGCACAGCCUUAAAAGUGUAUAUCAUGAAUGCUGGGUCCUGUGUUUCCUGAAAAUUUGAUUCCAACUGUUUAACUUGACAUGUAGCAACAAAAUAUAUUAAACUUGUAUUAAUCUAGUUAGUCACAUUGGUCUGCUUUUAUUUUGAAUGCUACACGUAAUGGCAAAACACAGGUGUUAGGGGAUGAUUUAAGCUUUUUCCCAGGAGCAAUAGUUGGGGAACCACAGGUAAUGGUUUAAGAAUUGAAAAUGCGUCUGGGGAAAAAAAACUUGUCAAAGUACAUUACUGGCGUGGUAGUCAAAGGUUUACUUUCUAAUACUGUACAGGAAUCUUUUUAAACAUUUGCUAAUUCUAAAAGCUGGUAAUUCCAGAACUCGCGAAAACUCGAGCUCUCUUUUGCACGAUCUCUCGAGCUCUCUCUUGCAUGAUCCCUCGCACUAUCUCUCGAUCGAUAUCUCUCUCGAUCGAUCUCUCUCUUGCGCGAUCUCUCUCUCGCUCGUGCUUUUCACUAGAGUUGCUCUGUGAAUCACUUAUUGUUUGCAUUGUGAGCAUCAAACUUGACAAGCAUUUCCCUGUUAAUAGUUUGUGCAAUUCAGUCGUUGUUGAUUGCCUUCAACACCACUGCGCUGGUAUUGGUCUGAUUUUCUUUGGGGUGAUGUCAUUUCCGCGCGACGCGCAACUGACCCACCAUUCAAACCUAAACAACGGAUAGGAGAUUUUUGAUUACUCUUGAAUCCAGCGUUAUUUUUGGAAAAAAAAACAAACAUCCCCAUUGCAAAGAGUGUUCCUAUUCUAUUGCAAUUGUGCCAAUUCUGAAUUGUAUAAAAUUUUCGCCACCCCAAGUGUAAACAGUGUAACUGUUUGUGAUUAUCCCUAACCCGUUGUCAGGCACAGUCAUUCAUUGGCUGGAAUGCUUUUCACUGGAGUUGCUCUGUGAAAAACUUUGUUUGCAUUGCAAGCAUUGAACUUGACAAGCAAUUACCUGUGGAUUUGCUAACAUCCUUGAGUCCUUGGUGGUGAGGAGCAGCGUUUUUCCUUGGUCUGUUUGUCACUGGGACCGGUUGGUUGCUGGCUUGCAUUGUGCGCAUUGCAAGUGUCAAAUUUGACAAGCAGUCCCCCUUUAACAAUUUGUGUGUUUUGAAGAUUGUUUAAUUUGUUGACAAAUAACCCCCCAUUGUUAAUAAGCAAAAGUGUGGCUUGAUAUUUUUUCUGAAUUGCUUUUAUUCCACAAGGUUUUUGGUGGUGUUUGAAUAACAAUACACAUUCUAUCACUGGGACAUUUCCAACGCUAGCAACAGAGCGCAGCCAAGCGGUCUUCUUCUACACACAAACAUCUACACACACGCACGCACAGGGAUCACCCACAGUUCUACUAUAACACACACACACACACACACACACUAUUUUUGACCCUUUUGUUUCCCCUUUCACUCCACUCCGAGUUCCAACCAGACAAAAAUUAACAAAUUAAAUAAGACAAUAACCAAACGUCAACAACAAACGGUUACACGGACAAUCAAAUGUAUUCAAAACAGGAAAUGGGGGAUGAUGAAUGGACGCUCCCAUGCUGACCCCAACAUUUUCACAAAUAAUGAUUGGAGUCAACCGUCCCGGUACCAGGGAGGACGGGCACACCGGGGGAAGGACCGUGUAUUCACUUCCUCUCAUUUUAAUGAGGGAGGUGCUCCUAACCCUUACCCCAUCCAUAAUCCGCCUGUGCCUCCUCCGGACACACGUGCUCGCCUGAACUGGUCCGGAGCACGGUUCGACCCCGACCUUAUUCCGACGCGUCAGUAACUAGAAACGGUCGACCCAAAAACAACGGACCGCGUAACCCCCAAUGACAAAAGGUGUACAAACAACCCACUCCGGAAUUCACUCUACUCGUCCGAAGAAUUAACUCUGUAAUCAAGUGCAUGCAUCAUCUGCAAAAUGUCACCUGGAAACAAGAUAAGGCAGAACCCAAAAUGAUAACCAAAAAGGUCGAGGAAUUGGCCAUGUUUAUCAACCCAGCUGUCCCCAAGUCAGAUACGUUGGACUUGAUCAUGGGCAAUGCAAAAAACUGGGGGUACAACACCUUAUUGAUCCUAGAAAACCAUUACAAAGACACUAUCUGUGAAACACUAGGUGACAUUUUUGAAGCAGGUAUCCCUAAUUGGAGGGAACUGUUUGAUGUAGCCACACGUUGGGCGUAUAGAAAUACACCCAAUCUCAAAAAAGAAAUAAUUGAGCAAGCGGAGGCUCUGUUUGUGGCUACAUCAACGAAUAAUUUAGAAUGGGAACUCGAACGGACUAACCAACAAAACACUGAACAACCGACGAAUACUAACACUGACCACGACCCUGACACACAACCACAAGAGGCGGGGCCACCGAACCUCAACACAGAAAACACACAGACUACAGUAACUAUACACAUAGAGGACAACUCCACCACCGAAACAGGCCACAUCCCAACCGACGAUCGGGAGCAGCACACCCUGACCAAACCGACUGAAACAAGAGGAACUAUGACAGAGGCAAAGUGGGAAUGGUCCCCAAUACCAACGGAACCGAGGAACAGCCCGGAACCGAGAGACCAACGACCCACACGCCCCAGAACCGACAAAAACACCUGCGUGAUCCCAGAAGGCAGCAGGCUAAUGGAGAUCUCCCGAGAAGAGGCGAUUCCACAGACAGAACAGAACCCAGCGGAGUCCAGCGACGGGGACCUUGGGGAACUCUUGAUGGAGUUGGCGAGGGAGAACGAAGAUCCUCCGACACCGGCCAUGGAACAAUCGACGACGAGCACACCCUCCAGCACCUCAAAACUGAGGCAGUUGGAACUGUCGUCGUCGUCGUUCACACCACGAGCGACGACGACUCGAGACCACGACGGAGGAAGGAACGCACCCCUCAACACCUCAGAACUGAGGCAGUUGGAACUGACAUCGGGGUCGUUCACACCUGGAACACCGCAAGAGACGACGCUUCAAGACGACGACGGAGGAAUCUCCACGCCAACUACAUCGCAACAAGCACUCCUCAAGGUCCGCAAGCAUCUAAGGACUCAACAAAAAAUGAAGGUCUGGCAGCUGAGGGUCUUGGAAAAAAACUGUCAUAAUUGGGGACUCCAACCUGAACAGAAUACCGAACUUUUCCAUCCCGAUUUACAAAUUGAAAGUUACCCGGGAGCCAAUUUUCACCACACAGCUUCAAUCCUGUCCAAAACCAAGGAUGGCGAGCAAGCCGAACAACUGGUCUUGUCCUUCGGCAUCAACUGUCGGUGCCAAAAGAUCAAAAAGACGACUAUAAAACAAAUACAAACAGCGUUGCGCACAGCCAGAAUACAAUUCCCCAAUGCUCGCAUCUGGAUCCAGGAAUUGAAUUUCUCAAAUGAACUGCCUGAAAAAGAAUGCCUAGGACUUUGUGAACUCAACAAAUACAUCAGGAAAAACACCAACUGCAUUCCCAAAAUUAAACCGGCAGACUUCACAACGGGGAAGGACCACAUCCACUGGACCAAAACAACAGCAACGUACAUUUUGGAACACUGGGCGAAUCAUUUAAACUUGUGAGUUCCCUGACUCGCAGCACAGAAGGGAACAUACACACUGAAUUCCGUAACGUUUUGGUUCUCGCCGAAAACAUCAGGUUGUCCAGGGAUGAACUGAGUCUCCUCAACAAAGGACUCAACUUCAUCCCAACCGUUAAUCUACAAGCCAACAAAAGAAAACAAACGCAACUGGACAUCCAAAAGUAUCACAGAAGAAUGAUGCUGAUCGCACACUUCAAAGGGGCCCAGAAAAAAACGAAACUCCCCUUCAAACCUCCUUCGACGUGGAGUCCGGCGAGGUCAUCUCUUCCGGACCAACUCAGACGACUGAUAGAGCGGGACAAGGAGCACUUCAUCAAAUGGUUCAAACCACGCCAAGAAAGAAGGAAUCUAACGAAACAGGAAGUGAUAGCGUUCAGAAAACUGAAAAGAAACAACCAAAUUAUCAUCAAACCAGCGGACAAGGGAAGCAAAGUAGUGGUCCUGAGCUGGGCACAAUACACAACUGAAGCCUACAAACAAUUGAAGGACACCAGGUACUACCAAGAACUCCAAAAACCAACAUAUCCGGACACUAUCCCGUUGGUCCAAAAAGAUCCUCAAAAACCUACACAAAAAAAGAUUCAUCGACACGCAACAAAUGAAAUACUUAGGGGGCAAUCCGGAACAGAGACCGAGAAAAUUGUACCUUAUUCCCAAGAUCCACAAAAGCCCGGAACUCUGGACGGUACCGCACAAAGUUCUACCUGGCUGACCGACAAUAUCGGACUGCGACAGCGAGACCUUCUACACGGCAGAGUUCCUGGACUACUACCUCAACCCACUCUCGGUCAAACAUCCAUCAUAUCUCAAAGACACUUAUGACUUUAUAGGAAAGAUUAAAUCGAUCAAAGUCCCCCACAAUGCAAUAUUAUUCACAAUAGACAUAAACAGUUUAUACACAAACAUUGACACACAGGCAGGACUGGCAGUCAAGACCAUCCUUCAAAAGUACCCAGAAUCUAGACGACCGGACAAGGAACUUCUACAACUGCUGCAAAUAAACCUGACGAGAAAUGACUUUGAGUACGACGGCAGGUUCUACCUACAAACAAAGGGGACAGCAAUGGGCAAGAAAUUUGCACCGGCGUACGCCAACAUCUUCAUGGCCACUUGGGAGGAGAAGGUCAUUCCGAAAUGUCCCCAGAAAACCGCUACAGUACCUCAGAUAUCUGGGGAAUUUGGACUGGUACACAGAAGGACUUGGAGAACUUUUUUUCAAAUUUUGGACACACAAGAUCCAUCCAUCAGGAUCGAAACCACCCAAGACAAAUACAAAAUUGACUUUUUGGUCACAACGUUCUACAAGGGACCACACUUCAAUGAACAUCACACACUGGACAUCAAAGUUUUUUUCAAACCUACAGACACACAUGCAUUACUACAUAAAGACAGCUUUCACCCACACCAUACAUUCACUGGAAUAGUUAAGUCACAAUUACUCUGCUUCAAACGCAUUUGCACACAUGACAGACUUUUGGGAAGCGGUUAAGAUUUUGUUUACAUCACUUCGCUCGCGUGGUUACUCAAGAUCAUUCUUGAGAAGAUGUCUUAAAAACUUCCAGUCCCCUUGCAAAACAAUCGACUCCAAGAUCAUUCCACUCAUUACCACUUAUUCGACAAAUAAUGUUCGAUUAAACUUUCGUUUAAAAGAAAACUUUCAAAAAAUACUGCAAAAUACACCGUUGCAUGACACCCACAAGGUCAUCUCGCCAUAUAGAAAAAAUAAAAACCUCCAGGACCUUUUGGUCACAGCCAAAAUGAAACUGAUACAACAAAAAAAGUUCAAAACAACCGAAAACCCCAACCAACUUCAAAACAAUAAAAUAUAUUAAAAAUCCAACAAACAAAACAAUUUUCCAUAUAAAACAAAAGAUCAACAGUAACACUACCUACUGUGUAUACGUGAUCGCAUGUACGAGGUGCCAAAUGCUUUACGUGGGAGAAACCGGUAACUCCAUAGCAACCAGGAUGGUACAACAUCGAUUCAACAUUAGAAAACAAAAGCGUACAGACACGACACUGGUUAAACAUUUUAUUAAACAUGGGAUCAAAGCGUUACAAGUGUCUGGAUUGGAACAUAAUAUUCACUGGACAACCAAGGGGAGGAGGAAAGUGGAAAGAAAAUGGAUACACCAAUUAGGCACCCUCGAACCCAGGGGCAUUAACGAUAGAUUCAACAGUUAAUGUACAUUCUCCCCUAGGGAGGCGUGACCGUAAAGAUACGAUCGCUCCCCCCAAACCAACUCCCUCAUUUCACCCCCCAGGGAGUAUAUUGAAACAACCCCUGUAAUCGCUUUGAACGGGGCCCUAAACACAGGUACCAAGGGAGGCGUGACCGUAAAAAUACGAUCACCUCCCCCCCCAAACCCAACUUUGGAACGGGGCCCUAAACACAACUAACACCCCGAGCGAGCUUAAUCGCGAAAUACGACAACUUCCCCUGAACCCCCCUAAACACAAGUCUCCCCUAACCAAGGGAGGCGUGACCGUAAAAAUACGAUCACUCCCCCCCCAAACCCAAUUUUGGAACGGGGCCCUAAACAUAAGUAACACCCCUAAGCGGGCUUAAUCGCGAAAUACGACAACCUCCCCCGAACCCCCCUAAACACAAGUCUCCCCUACCGAGGGAGGUGUGAUGGUAAAAAUACGAUCACUCCCCCCAAACCCAAUUUUAGAACGGGGCCCUAAACACAGGUACCAAGGGAGGCGUGACCGUAAGAAUACGAUUACUCCCCCCCAAACCCAGGGCCCUAAACACAACUAACACCCCUAGCAGGCUUAAUCGUGAAAUUCGACAACCUCCCCCGAAACUCCCUCGAACAUAACCAACAAAGCCAUCCAAUUUCUAACCUAAACGUGGAAGCGUAUUAACUCUGGCCCUUAUACUAAAUGAAAGAAAAGGGCACUAAACGUAAUCAACACCCGAGGGAGAUGGAAUGGUAAAACACGACCACCUCCCUCGAGUUACUGGGAGAAAAAAACUCAACACAAAUAAUUCAAACACAACCAAAAGAACCGCCUUUGGUGGAAGGGGGACUUGACCGUAAAACUACAACCAAUUUCCCCGGUCCCCAUUAACCACAAUAGAAUUAUUUACAAAAUCUGGAAGUAAUGAGAAAAGUGAAACACAAUCAACCCUUGGCAAUAUUUACCAUCGUUGAAUAACUCCACAGAAAAAUCAGAUUCUCAAAAACAAUUCUUCUAAAAAAAUACAAGCCCCUCUGCAGGGCUUUCAUACUUGUUCCCAAUCAGAAUUCUUUAAUUUUUUUGAAAAAAAAUAACAAGCCACCAAACAGGUAGCAUGGUACCAUAUUCACCCUUAAAACCCCGAGACAUUUGGGACACCUGUAUGGACAUUAUACUAUUCUCCAAUAGAAUUCCAAGUUUUGAAAAUUCAAACAACAAGAAGUCCCCAAACAGGAAGUGUGUCAUGAUGCCCGGCCCUUUAGAAAGCCGGUGCACCUGAGCACAGCAGUCACUCUAUGCACAAAUUUGUUGGAGAGACGCUCACCUGCAUUCCCAGGAGCAUCGGAGCUCAAAUCGACAAAUAGUAGGAUUUAUUCCCUUGUCAAAAUUUCUUGCCUUAUUCUAACAAUUCUUCUUCCUAUCUCUUUAUUCUCUCCUCCUUUCUAUUAUUGUGCCCACGCUUGAAAAAGACUUAAAAAGGUCGAAACUAGUCGCGACGGGCACUCCCUCUUUCCUUUCCCAUUUCCCUGCUUUGUUGCAAGCAAUAUGAUUGGAUUUGUUUUUCAUAUAACUGGUCGUUUCCAUUGUAUUUGAAUAUCUGUGCAUUACUUAAACACUCCAAUUGUGAAUUCCCAGUUGUGAAUAGCAGCCGCCGUGCUGUGCUGUGCCCCCCUUUUAUUCUGUUUUUCCAGUUGUGAGUGGCAGACGCCGUGCUGUUCUUUUUUUCUGCUUGUUUUUUACAUUGUUUGAAAAUCUGUGCCCCUUACUAUUAACUAUCCCCCGCUGUGAGUCAAAGUGACGGUUGCAUUACAAAAUCAUUCACUCCAAUAUAUUUAAAUUGAAAGUAACUGUGCUGAUCAUCUUUGAAUCCCCUGUUUUGUGUGGAAAUAGU